UGAAGAGGUACAUCACGUGUGGAGGAGUCAUCGAUAGGUUUAGGCGAGCUAGGGAGGUGUAUAAAAGCUUGUGAGGCUUGAUUGAACCUCCGGUACUAAUCAACCCCACCGGAUCAGAGAACCUUGAUUGCAAUCCGAUAAGAGCAAGGAAUCAACAAUGGCAUCACCAGAGUAUCCCAAAACAGCCGUCAACAAGCUGGGUCGGCUACCCAAACGAGGGGCCUACGACUACUCCACCAUACACACAAUCAUCAACACCUGCCCCGUCCUGCACGUCUCCUUCAACGACCCCUCGCAUCCCUUCCCCGUCGUACUCCCCAUGCUAGGCUGCACGGGCAACUUCGCCGCCCCAAACGCAGACCCCAACACCUCGGAGCAGGAUAUCUAUAUUCACGGCUACGUUUCCGGGCGGAUUUUCAAGAGCGGGAAGGAGGCUGAGGGGGAAGGCUUACCGAUCACGGUCGCUGCUUCACACAUCGAUGGCCUGGUACUAGCUCUGGCUCCGUUUCAUAAUUCGUGCAACUACCGCUCCGCUAUCGCGUAUGGGUAUGCGUCGCUCGUCACGGACCCGGAGGAGCGGAACUAUGCUAUGACGCUCAUAACGAACAACUUGCUCCCGUCGCGCUGGGAGAAGUCGCGCAACCCGCCGACGGCCGCAGAGCUCAACUCGACGUCUAUUCUGAGGGUUAAGGUCGCGUCGGCGAGCGCGAAGGUGAGGGCCGGUGGUCCGCAUGAUGAUCGAGCGGAUUUGAAGGACGAGGCGCUGAGAGGGGGCAUCUGGACUGGUGUGGUGCCGGUGUGGCUGCAGUGGGGAGAGCCGAUCCCUGGGGCGGAUAAUGGGUAUAAGGAGGGUGAGUGCGAGGAGUAUAUUGAGAGGUGGAGGGUUGGGGAGAACCAGAAGAAUAGAAUUCAUGCGUACAAAGCUAUUGAGGAGGAGUGAUGAGAUUUGGUUGGCGAGAAGAGGAACGGCAGUGCGUUGAUCAUAAGGGGGAACAUCGCACCCAGGAGCGUAUCAGGAGCUUUUUCAUCAUGCAGUCUACUGACGGAGCCAUACUUUUCUUCAGUUUGUUGCUUUAAUUGGGUUAUGUCUGCAUUUUCUUCUUGGUAAUUUUUCCUAUACCAGGUCAUACGUCAUCACAUCCCGAUUGAAUACGCAUUCGCGAAUGAUUCUAUAGCCCAGGCUAGAAUACCGCAUAUGUUAGAAUACGAUAACUGCCCCGGAGGAAAUUCCGUCUGACCAAAAAGUGUCAGAAAC